AUGGACGAUGUACAAGAUAAUCCACAAGAUGAUCACCGAUUGAAGGAUAUUGAUGUACCUACAUUAUGUGACCGUACUGGUGUUCAAGUAUGGCAUUUUGAGCCAGAGAAGACUUUUGCUAAUAAUGAAUGUCCUUCGCUAACAAAACUUAAACAAGAUCGAGGGUAAACAUGAGAAAUCUUUUGACACAAAACCAAAAUCUAUUAAGAUUGUUCUUUUGAGACGAUAAUAUUCAAUUUAUUUACUACUACUGAGGGCUGUUAUUUUUUUAAUUUAUGCGAUAUAUAGAUACACGUACGAGGAUGAAGUAAAAGUGCAACCAUCUAUGGAAAAAUAUGAAGA